AUGGGCUUCAGGUGGAGCUCCAGCCUGAUCCGGCACCAGAGGAUCCACACUGGGGAGAGGCCCUAUGAGUGUGGGGAAUGUGGGAAGGGCUUCUCCAGCAUCUCCCACCUGAUCCGGCACCAGGUGGUCCACACCGGGGAACGGCCCUAUGAGUGCUUGGAUUGUUGGAAGAGCUUCAGGCACAGCUCCACCCUGAGAGUACACCAGCGCACCCACACUGGGGAGAGGCCCUACGAGUGUUCUGAGUGUGGGAAGAGGUUUCUGACCAGCUCCCAGCUCCUCGAACAUCAGCGCAUUCACACGGAUGAGAGGCCCUUCCGCUGCCCCGACUGCGGGAAGGGCUUCAAACGCAACUCCAACCUCAUCAGCCACCAGCGCAUCCACACCGGGGAGAGGCCCUACGAGUGUCCCCAGUGUGGGAAGAGCUUCUCCAGCAGCUCUAACUUGGUCUCAGAUUCGGAGUGGAUCGAGAGGCCCCUGUGUCCAUCAGGAGCGGCCUCGUCUCGAUGCAGAGGCGCCCUGAAUGUUCUCAAGGGCUCUGGUGCGUGCUUGGAAUGUGGGAUGAGCUUGAGCCAGAGCUCCAGCCUGAGAAACCAUCAGCGCAUCCACACUGGGGAGAGGCCCUAUGAAUGUGGGGAAUGUGGGAAGGGCUUCAGCCGGAGCUCCAGCCUGAUCCAGCACCAGAGGAUCCACACUGGGGAGAGGCCCUAUGAGUGUGGGGAAUGUGGGAAGGGCUUUGCCAGCAGCUCCCACCUGAUGGAGCACCGGGUGGUCCACACCAGGGAACGGCCCUAUGAGUGCUUGGAUUGUUGGAAGAGCUUCAGCCGGAGCUCUGACCUGCGGAUACACCAGCGCACCCACACUGGGGAGAGGCCCUACAAGUGUUCUGAGUGUGGGAAGAGGUUUCACAGGAGCUCCAUUCUCCUUGUACAUCAGCGCAUUCACACGGAUGAGAGGCCCUUCCGCUGCCCCAAGUGCAGGAAGGGCUUCAAACGCAACUACACCCUCAUCAUCCACCGGCGCAUCCACACCGGGGAGAGGCCCUACAAGUGUCCCGAGUGUGGGAAGAGCUUCUCCAGGAGUUUUACCUUGACCAAACACCAACGGAGGCACCGUGGGGAGAAGCCUCACAAGUGCUUGGAAUGUGGGAAGGGCUUCAGCCGGAGCUCCAGCCUGAGGGAACACCAGAGGAUCCACACUGGGGAGAGGCCCUAUGAGUGCAGGGAGUGUGGGAAGAGCUUCACCAACAGCUCUGGUCUGAUCCAGCACCAGGUGGUCCACACUGGGGAAAGGCCCUAUGAGUGCUUGGAUUGUUGGAAGAGCUUUGGACAGAGCUCCACCCUGAGGGCACACCAGCGCACCCACACUGGGGAGAGGCCCUAUGAGUGUUCUGAGUGUGGGAAGAGGUUUCAGAGGAGCUCCCACCUCCUCGUACAUGAGCGCAUUCACACGGAUGAGAGGCCCUUCCGCUGCCCCGACUGCAGGAAGGGUUUCAAACACAACUCCACCCUCAUCACCCACCGGCGCAUCCACACCGGGGAGAGGCCCUACGAGUGUCCUGAGUGUGGGAAGAGCUUCUCCAGGAGCUUUACCUUGACCAAACACCAACGGAUCCACCCUGGGGAAAAGCCCUAUGAGUGUGGGGAAUGUGGGAAGAGCUUUGGACAGAGCUCCCACCUGAUCCGGCACCAGAUGAUCCACACCAGGGAAGGGCCCUAUGAGUGCUUGGAAUGUGGGAAGAGCUUCAGCUGGAGCUCUGCCCUGAGAAAGCACCAGCGAACCCACACUGGGGAGAGGCCCUAUGAGUGUGGGGAGUGUGGGAAGAGGCUUCAGACCACCUUCAAUCUCCUCGUACAUCAGUGGAUUCACACAAAAGAGAGGCCCUUCCGCUGCCCCGACUGCGGGAAGGGCUUCAAAUACAACUCCACCCUCAUCAAGCACCAGCGCAUCCACACCGGGGAGAGGCCCUACAAGUGUCCCGAGUGUGGGAAGUGCUUCAUCCAGAGGCCCAACCUGGUGGUCCAUGAGCAGCUUCACACUGGGGAGAAGCCCUACAAGUGCUUGGAAUGUGGGAAGAGCUUCAGCCACACUUCCCACCUCUUCAUCCACCACCAGAUACACACAGGGGGAUGGCCCUACAAGUGCUUGGAAUGUGGGAAGAGCUUCAGCCACAGCUCCAGCCUGACCUGCCACUAUAGGAUCCACACUGGGGAACGGCCCUACAAGUGCUCGGAAUGUGGGAAGAGCUUCAGCCACAGCUCCAGCCUGACCUGCCACCAGAGGAUCCACACUGGGGAACGGCCCUACAAGUGCUUGCAGUGUGGGAAGAGCUUCUGCCAGAGCUCCAGCCUGACCUGCCACCAGGAGAUGCACGCCAGGGGAGGGCCCUUUGAGUGUCCUGAGUGUGGGAAGAUGUUUCAGUGGAUCUCCUAUCUCAUUGUACAUCAGCAAACACACACAGGGGAGAGGCCCUUCCGCUGCACAGACUGCGGGAAGAGCUUCAAAUGGAGCUCCAACCUGAUCCGGCACCAGAGGAUCCACACUGGGGAGAGGCCCUAUGAGUGUGGGGAAUGUGGGAAGGGCUUCACCAGCAGCUCUGAUCUGAUCCCGCACCAGGUGGUUCACACAGGGGAACGGCCCUAUGAGUGCUUGGAUUGUGGGAAGAGCUUCGGGUGGAGCUCCACCCUGAGGGCACACCAGCGCACCCACACUGGGGAGAGGCCCUACGAGUGUUCUGAAUGUGGGAAGAGGUUUCAGAGGAGCUCCCACCUCCUCGUGCAUCAGCGCAUUCACACGGAUGAGAGGCCCUUCCGCUGCCCCGACUGCGGGAAGGGCUUCAAAUGCAACUCCACCCUCAUCACCCACUGGCGCAUCCACACUGGGGAGACACCCUACGAGUGUCCUGAGUGUGGGAAGAGCUUCUCCAGCAGCUCUCACUUGGCCCAACACCAACGGAAGCACCGCUAA